AUGAAAAGAAUUCUCAGAGUGGUCCUGGUUUGGACAGUUCUAUUAAAUAUUCAACCAGCAGUUUGUAUUGUGAAUAGAAAAAGAAAUAAUUCCACCACAAGUCGACCUCAGUUCUAUCCGAGUCCUGAGACUUAUAAAAGGAAAUCUUAUUUGCAGCCCAAUCGACCCUUAUGGGUGUUGGAGGAUAAAUUUAAUCAUCCUGGAGAUAUAAAUGUGCCGUAUCAUCAACAAAAACCAAUUGUAAAUCUGAAAAACACAAAGAGGUUUAUCACUCCAUCAGAAAGUUCUCCAUGGAAGCUUCCAAAUCAUUACAUCAAUAUAAUUCCAUUUUCUGUAACAAAACCACCAGCUGCAAAGUCAAGACUGCGAAAGCAAAAACAUCACUCGAGAAACAAAAACCAAAGGAUAUUCCCAGUAUUCGAUGAUUAUGGAUCAGAAUCUGAUCCAAUUUUGAUUUACCGGGGACCCAAGGCAAAGAUGAUCUUCAACACAAUGAUGUCGGGAAAGAAAUACCCGAUGAAGGAGCCAGUUCCUGGUCAGGUGUUGUAUCCACCUUAUUCGCCGAAGUUUAAACCUACUCCCGUUGUGGAAAGAGUUCCAUCAGAAAAUUAUGAGAAGCCUCCGUUGGCAUUCCACAAUUUGACAUUGAUUCCAUUUUACACCCAUGAGGCAGCUGUCGAUCCAAGAUUGGGUUUAUUCGAUUCAUCGUCCUCAGUUGAAUACAAUGAUAAAGUGGAUAAAACCGAUGCCAUCGAAGAAGUCCAGCCGAUAAGGGAAAAUGAAGAUUGUCAUAAUUGUUACCAUUCGUUUUAUUCACAAAAUGAUGUUCACUCCAAAUAUUGGUCACUACCUUUCAUCACUCCAAGUCCAGAAUCAACUACACCAAUGACAUUGCGUAAACAAAUUGAAGUUCCAAAUGAAAUCCACACGAAUCAUCGGUUCGAAGAAACAACCUCUCCGAAUGAGCCAUAUCGAAUAAUUCAAGGCAAUGAGAUUCAAGAUCGAUCGAUUGCUCCAAAAAAACGCUACCGAUCAGUUUUAUCAGCAAAGUAUGGUGGAUUUAAAACUGUUUAUCCUAUUUACACCUUAAAUAAACUUCUUAGGUAUAAACCCUUUAAGAAACAUAGAGCAGAUGAUUUGACAGGAGAUACGAGGAAAUCAUCGUCAACAUCAGCGGCAUCAAUUGGAGCACCCGAAGAGACUUGGUUAAUUUGGAAUUCAAGUGAACCACCUGUCAAACACAUUCCUCUUGGAUACUUUAGAACGUACACCUAUCAGCCGGUCGGAGCUGUUUCGCCACUUUCGUUUUCGAUUCUUGGAACUUCAGUUAACCCAUUCAAUUGGCCUUCAAGAGUUCCAUCAGCCCCCAUACUCACCGGACCUAGAUAUGAUAUAAUACCGAAAUCAACCACAACUGAACAAAGUAAACCACCAACUCCCGCACCUACGACGACCACAACAACAACAACUACGACUACAAGUACUGAACCACCAUCACCACCACCACCUCCAAUUCUUCUAAAACAACAACAACAACAACAACAACAAUUUUCUCAAGAACCUGUACCAAUUCCAUUGAUUAAUUCUCAAAAUUCCUUAAACAGUGGAACACGGUAUUUAGAUGCAUUUUCACAACAACAGCAAUAUUACGGAGGAUUGUAUAAUCGACGUAGUCUGCCAUACUUUCAACAACCACCAAACUUUAUAAGGCCCUAUCCUUAUCCGGAUUACUCGGGCUUGGGGCCAAAUCAAAAAAAUCCAAAUGUACAAUUUGUGCCAUGCAUGUGUCCGAUUAACUUGGCACAAAUGCCAAAUGAUUUAGCUGAAACAAGAAACAUUCCGGAUGGUGAAGAAAUGACAAUUCCCAAAUCGACUGACAGUCCAAAUGAAGAUGAAAAUAGUGUUGAUGAUGUUGUGGUUGAUAGAGAAAGAGACGAAGAUCUAGAUAAGAAACCUUUAUGA